CUGUGAUAAUCAUCGAAUUCUGCUGGCUAUACUGCCCCCGCACUCAACCCAGACUCUCCAGCCGUUGGACGUAGUCUGCUUCGCCCCACUGGCUCAUUUCUAUACUAUUGAGCUCACUGAGUACCUACAGCAAAGCCUAGGGUGGCUCCUAGUCAAGAAAGGUGACUUCUUUCUACUAUUCUGGCGUGCUUGGGUGAAGAGCUUUACAGAGAGUACUGUAUUGAGCUCCUUCAGAGUUACUGGGAUAUGCCCACCUGAUAGCAGCCAAGUACUUGAUCGCUUCACCCACGGAACCCCUGAGGCAGCUGAGAGCUCUGAUUCGCCUACUUCUGUGUAUAGCGGUGACGACUGGGUCAAAGUCCAGAGUCUUAUCAAGGCUGCAGUGAAGGACAACAAUAGUAGAGAGACCCGGAAGCUUCAUCGGACUCUCCACCAUCUAUCAGUGCAGAAUCAGCUUAUACACCAUAAGCUGCAGGGCCUUAAGGAGGCUGUAAAGACCAAGAACAAGCACAACAAGAAGCCUAAAAAGAAGCAGGCACAGGAGGGAGAGAAGGAGGAGAGGCGUGUGGCGCGAGAGGAGAGGAAGAAGGUGCAGGAGAAGGAGAGAGCUGAACAGGCAGCUGAAAAACAACGUCAGAAAGACGCCCACAACGCUGCCAAACCUAUACAGUUAUCUCAAACAGGCAAUAAGAGAGCCUCAUUACUAUCUACACAAAAGAGCAAGCGUCAAAAACGUGUGGUGGAUGCCGUGGGUGGUGCUUAAGCCCAGGAGGCCUCCUCAAGCCAACCACCCGUCACGACGUCACGCGGCCGCAGCGUCAGACUGCCAAGUAAAUUCAAAUAGUAUAAAUUAAUCGCCAUACUUCAAUUACUACUACACCACAAUAUUAUAUAUUUA